GUGACGCGUCCCGGGCCGGUCUGGACUCAAGCGGCAGCUCCUACCUUUGCCCCCCGCCUGAAGUCGCGAUUCCCAGAGGCUGCUCCGCGUCAUGUCCCACCAAACCGGCAUCGAAGCUAGUGAAGAAGUCAAGGAAACAUUUGCUAGAGCUAGAAAUGGACAAUACAGGUUUUUAAAACUAGUUAUUGAAAAUGAGCAGCUUAUUGUUGGUUCUGCUCAACAACCCGGUGCAUCCUGGGAAGAGGACUAUGAUUCCCUUGUUCUCCCACUUCUUGAAGACCAGCAGCCAUGUUACAUACUGUACAGAUUAGAUUCCCAAAAUGCCCAAGGAUAUGAAUGGAUCUUUAUUGCAUGGUCGCCAGACCAUUCUCCUGUUCGUCAAAAAAUGUUGUAUGCAGCUACCCGGGCAACUCUGAAGAAAGAAUUUGGAGGAGGGCAUAUUAAAGAUGAAGUUUUUGGAACAAACAAGGAUGAUAUUUCAUUGAAUGGUUACCAAAGGUACUUGGUAACUCAGUCUUCCCCUGCCCCUCUGACAGCAGCAGAAGAAGAACUUCGACAGAUCAAGAUUAGUGAGGUACAAACCGAAGUCAGUGUUGAUACUAAGCAUCAGACUCUACAAGGGGUAGCAUUCCCUAUAGCCAAAGAAGCCCUCCAGGCACUGGAAAAACUGAAAAACAAACAACUUAACUAUGUACAGUUGCAAAUUGAUAUGAAAAAUGAAACUAUCACCCUGGCUAGCAUACUCCCAACUGAACUGAAGGACUUGCCAAAAAGAAUUCCGAAGGAUUCGGCGAGGUACCAUUUUUUCCUCUACAAACAUUCCCAUGAAGGAGACUACUUGGAAUCCAUAGUUUUUAUCUACUCUAUGCCGGGCUAUAUGUGUAGUAUACGAGAACGGAUGCUAUAUUCUAGCUGCAAGAGUCCCCUCCUAGAAAUCGUAGAAAGACAACUAUGGAUGCAGAUCAUCAGAAAGAUUGAAAUAGAUGAUGGAGAUGAGCUAACGGCUGACUUCCUUUACGAAGAAGUUCAUCCCAAGCAACAUGCGCACAAACAAAGUUUUGCUAAGCCAAAAGGACCUGCAGGGAAAAGGGGAAUCCGAAGAUUGAUCAGAGGUCCGGCUGAAACGGAAACACCGACUGAUUAAAUGCAGCAAGUGCACUGGGAACAAAAAGCAUUAUGGGAUGAGAGAUAGGGGGGAUGGGAGGGAAGGGAACCCACCCCAGCCUUUAAUAACGAGAUGAAAGCAUUCCACAUUGAUCUUUUCCAGAAGAAAAAAAAAAACAUUUUCCAUCUUGUGACCUUCCACUGCACUUAUCUGGCUAUGCCACUAUUGAUCUUAUAAGAUCCACAGCCUGUGGUUGUAAUGCAUUGGUUGAAAACUACAAGUUUGUAGAACGUUAGUUCUGAUCUGACUUUAUUUCAUAGCUGUACAAUUCAUCAUUUAGGUAACAUAUUAAUAUACGUACAUCUACACAUGCACACUACAUAGCUUACAGUCAACUUUAAUGACUACAUAAAAUGGACUAGAUCUUUGAAAAAUUUAAUUAACUCCAUUACUUCUCUUAGAAAGUUGCUUCUUUGGAAUAAAAAUGGUCCGGAAUAAAUCCUGUAUCUCUUUAUUGUAUAUCCUUCCUCCCACAAAACCAUUCUCUAGUCUUCUAACAAGGGCUACCUUACUUGUAUGUACUGUUUCAUACCACAAUUCUAAACACUAAUUUGGAUGCAAGCUUCAUUGAGAUGAAUAGGCUCUUGUUCUAAGUAAAUAAGACUGGGCUGUACUAGAUGGAAAUCUAGUUUAUUUGCUACAAAGAGUCCAAAAUUAGAUUCUCUUCUAGCCUUCUAACAAUAGCUGCCUUGCUUUUACCCCAUUUUUUGCCCUUAAUGUAUGUCUUAACAUUACUGCAUAAGAAAGUGCUACUCAUUAGAAUGAUUCUGUAAACAACACAAUUGUUAUAAAAUUAGAAUACUGGUUUUCUAGUCCAAAUCAUUUUGAUUUAGCUACACUAUGAAAGCUGCUGCGAUGUUAGAUUCUUAGUACUCACACAGUUAAGGAUAGAGCAGUUGAUAACUGUGUCCUCUUGCAUUUCUAGUGUCUAAAAAAAUAAAUAAAGGUGUUGUCAAGGCAACAUUUCUGCAAUUGUAAAACAGUCACAGUCUGGGACUAUCUUGUAAAUAUAUUUUGUUAGAAGCAAGGCUUCCAACUGGUUAAUACAAUGAACAGGUUAAGCAGCAAACAUUUGUUUCUGCUGGAUUGAAACGGUUAUUGAUGUAAGCCAUAAAGAAUUACUUCCCAAAAAGCAAAAAGUUCCAAAUAAGAGCCCUGUCGUGGCUGUCAUUGUGUUGAUCAAUGUAUGUUUCUCAUUUACAACCUCAAAUGUCUAAAUAUUUUCAAAAAUAUUUGACUUUAUGGGUAUGUCUGGCUGGGGAAUGCUGGGAGUUGUAUGACUUUUUUUUGCUUCUAAACAUGCAUAGGAUUGCACCCUAACAGUGAUUUUGAAUGUGUGCUUGGAAGUAAAAUCUACUGAAUUCACUAGGACUAGAUUCUUUGUAAAUGUGAAGCUAUAAACUGCAUUUCCCUUGUCAUUGUUCAUCUUUGACAUAUUAGUUAAUACUAUUUUUAAUUUAAGCUACAAAUUACUAAAAUAUUAACUUCCAUGGUUGUUACUCCCACCCCACCCUUAUUUAAAUUAGUGUAAAUCAAACGACUAUAACUUCUAAUAAUGCUCUUUAAUACUGAUUUACUAAUCUAAAAAAAACAAACUCUAUUUAAACCUUUAGCAGAGCUUUCACAGAUGAACACUGACCCUAAAAAACUGAACCAGACUACUAGCACAGUACAUCUGUUCUUACUAGUACAGUAUCGUUUUUGUGAUAGAAUAACUGCUGCUAUGCUCAGUUCUGAACAUUUGCAUACUGGCCUAGAAAGAACUGUAAGCUAAUUUCCAAGAGCACUUAUACUACUAAUUGUUUUCGAUGCCGGCUUACUGCCAUCUCUGCAGGUUGUUCAAGGCCUUUGUUGUAUAAUGUGAUGCUACAUCUUCACUACAGGCCAGUUCUCACCUUACAAUAGUAGGGUGGUUGAUUACUCUUCCCUGUCUCUUCCAAUAAUGGUUGAAUCUAGGAUUGCAGAUGGAAGGACAUGAGAACUAUGCAAUGGGUGCAGUUCCUGUGUUUCCAGUUGAAAUGCCGUUGGCUGUAAACACUGAAGUAGGCUCUGUUGAGUUCAGUAGGACUUACUCUCAGGUAAGAGUGCAUAGGAUUGCAAGUUUGAAGGCAUGUGAUAAAAUAGAAUCAAAAACUGAAAUGUGUCUUCAAUUGCACAUUUUAAACACACAAUCCCUUGACAAUUCUGCAUAGUGAGAUACUGCGGUUCUGUAAUUAUUAUUUUUUUAAUAACAAUUGUUGUUUUGUUUAAAUAGAACUAUUCCGCAAACGAAGUGAGGUCCACAAAUGAGUGAGAAUUUCAACCUGGCUCUCUCAUGUCCAACCCUGGUACUCUGUCAUUUGCUGCACAUGACAAAUGGCUUAUUCUUAAUUGCCAUCUCCACACCAUAAAAGCAGGGAUUAGCACUAUGCACAAAUUACGUUACUGCAUAUUUUAAAUCAGUCUGAGAUGGUUGUUUUAGCAGAAACAUAGAACAUUUGAAAUGUGGAUACAUUUUAUAGUUCUAAAAUUAGUCAAGACCCACCACUCUGAUGGGUAGGAUAAUAAAGGACUAGUUAAGCCAUUCCAAACCUGUUGCCCUCUGGCUGUAUUGGACUGCAACUCCCAGGAUUCUCAGCUAGGGUGCCUAACAAUGGCCUUUCCCACUUCCCUAUAAUGGGGAUUAUGAGAGUAGAAAGGGCCAAUGGAUAGUCUGUUGUGGGUAAAAGAAAGGGCCUUUUGCUAGGACACCCAAAGCCUGCUGCUCUCUCUUGGCAGGGGGUUGCCUUAGCAGCAGGAAUGAACAAGUACAACCAUCCAUAACUCUGCGGGUCUUAUGAGACUAUUUCCCCUUUAAUUCUUCACCUUCGUAUCAGCAAACAUGGGACUCAUGGUUACUAUAAACAUGGGUAGCAACAAUCAGAAGGAUGAAAUCAUGUGUACUAGAAAGCAUGUUGGGGAUAGUUUAGGUCCUUCAUGUUGGGUCCUUCAGUUUAGAAAGUUGGCUAAUGAAAACUAACAUGCUAGAAGAUUGUAGAAAUUACCUUUGAAAAUAAAAUUAUGAAAUAGAAACUUGCUUUGAAAACUCGGAUGUACAGAGUUACUUGUACAAAACUACUGGAUAAAUUUUGAUUGUGGAAACCUGUGCUCACCUUUUAGAAUAUCACCUUGUUUUAGCAUUCUUUAUCACCUACAGUGUAGUCUGAAUGUAUGAAUAAAGACUCUGCUCAUAAUCUCUCAGGAAUAAGUCUCAAAGGCAUCAUUCAUAAGUACAUACAGCAACCAAAAAUAUAUGAAACACGCUUGCUUCCAUCUUAGCUCUCU